UAUUAUUAUUAUUAUUAUUACUAUUACUAUUAUUAUACUACUUUGGUUUAUACAUGUAGAAACGAAUAUAUUAAUAUUUACAUAUUAAUUUUUAGUUUAUAGAUAUUUUUACUCGUUUUAUCUACAUCUAAGAAGAAUUCGAGAGAUAUUAUUUCCUUAAAGAUCGAGAAUAGAAUUUGAUAAAAACGAGAAACAGUACAUCUAUCUUAAAGCAUCGCUGUCCAUUCGUAUCGAGUUUUAAAAUAGCAAGCGGUUUUCCCUUCCUCAUGAUUGCAACUGACUAUUACGACGUGUCUUCCAUUCAUAAAUAAGGAAGCGCUUGUCGUAUAGGCGGCCAUCUUAACUACGUAGUCAGUAGAACUUCUUUUAUUUUGGUCGUUCGAAACAUGCAAACUUUUAUUUGGCUCUUCGACAAUAGGCCUUGCCAGGAGGAUGGGGGCCCACGAUGGGGGAGUGCCAUUGCUCUAACAUCGCUAUCAUGCAGCUGUUCCAUGAGCUGAAGCAGCAGUUCCCUGCGCUCCCUGAUCACGUCGUUUCCCAGUGCAUCGCCCAGAACAGCCACGAUCGGGAGACAUGCGCGAGAAGUCUUCGUGCCACUCAAGAGUCACGACAGUCUCCGGGCGCGUUCCCACCGGCGACACUUUGCGCCGUCCUUCAGCAUCAGCAACAUCAUCAACGAGCGAACCACGUAGCCACAACGCAGCAACAACAACGUUGUUGCACGAUGAACCAACUGCAGCGUACCAUCAACACCAGCAGCAACAGCAACAACAACACGAGCAGCAAUACGCGACCGCACAGACCAGCCUCGCUGGACAUCGGUAUGGCACGGCGCUGUCCAGUCAGCUGUACACGAGCAGUUGCGAUAUCAGCAUCGUCGCCGAUCGCCGCUAACUCGGCCAACAACACGCCUUCCUCAGCGCCUGCUGUCUGCACGACGCGCGGUUUCUUCGACGAUUGCACAGGGCCGAGCGACGCGAACUCCCUUAACAAAGUGCAGAACGCAGGAAACGAGCCAGCCGGAUUCGAGCUGAACGUGAACGUUGCUUGCAGUCCUGCUGGCAAUCGCGAUUUUCGAACGGUGCCUACGAUCGGUGGUGCCUGUAAACGAAGCGAUCUGCUCCUCGAUCCACGACAUCAUUAUGCCGAACCAUUGUUGAACGCGGAGAACACGACGGGGCCGCAGAUCGAUCACACACGAAGCUACACUUCGGUCAGCCUGACGCUGAGGCCACCAUCCUCGGAACCACAGCCGCCGAUCGACAUCAGAUCGCAGGGUUCAAGCCUGACUUAUUCGAGCUCCUCUCUGGAUCCUCGGGGCUUUCAAAGCCGUCUUCAGAUCAGCAUCGGUGCCGGAGCCGUUGGCGGUGUGGCGGCUGCAAGAAUCCGACCCCCGAUGGGCCCUAUCAGGCCCAACAGUUUGAUACCUCCGGUACAAAUCGGUCCUCAAAGACCACCAGGUCUUCCAGCAGGACCACCUAGUCAAUUACCGAGGCCCACGACAACAAUGAGCGCCCCGACCACACCUUCUGUACCAUCGACCACGAACAUCGUCCAUCCCAUUAGCCUUCCAACGACACCGUCAGGACCGACGACGACCUCGCCGCCCUCCAGUCCCAUUGGUGAACGGAUAUCGGCCAAUAUCGAUCAAAAUCAAUCGCCGUUGAAUCAAGUGGCGGAGCAUCAAAAGAAAUUGGUCGCAGAGCAAUUAGCAAGAAAGGAAAGACUCGCCAGGGAAUUGAGAGCCGAGAAAGGACGACUCGAAGCGAUGAAAAAAGAAUUGCAGUCCCUCACGAGACCUUUUGAUUCUUCGAUGCCUCCUCAGUACCUUUGGGCGAGACGAACGAAACGUUUUAUCAACGUAUUUACACGGGUCAGCCUUUGCCAUCGAGGUCUGUCAACUCCAAUCCACCGCCUCUGCCAAGUCAGCCACCCGCCUGGCAACCGGAAUCGAGUGGUAACAACAGUGACAGAGAAGAACGAGAUGGACCUUCUUGGGUCUGCAGAAUGUGCACGUUUGACAAUCAUCCAUUAAUGAAUAAAUGCGAGCAGUGCGACAUGCCGAGGCUGUUGGAUCACGGAAACACAGGUACGACUUCUGGAAAAUCGAUAGACGACUUUACGACCUCGUUAACACGCUUGAACAUCGAUACAUCACCUCCGCCACCUCCGCCACCUCUGGGGUAGAGGAAACUUGAGUACCUUAAUAGCAUGUUUUUUCUGUGACAUAAUUUUAUAAAUUGAUAAAUAUCUUUCAAAGAAGAUAUUUGGCGAAAUAUGGAACAUGCAUAAGUACUUCGGUACUAUAAUAUAAUAACGUGUGCAAUCAAAGGUUAUAUUUCCUGUUGUAAAAUACUUGUUCCUAAAUGAGAAAAUUGCGAGGACCGCAGGAACGACUAUGUGAUGAAUAAAUAAAACAGGUUUAUAAUGUACUUAAAUGGAACGCAUGGAUGUCUGGAAUUUUUUUUAAAUAAAUCUACUUGUGAAUUUUAAUUAAUCUUAGCAUGUCUAAUUUAGCAAUGUUUCAGUGUUGUUUUUUUUCUAAUUAUUAAUAGUUUAAUUCAUUUAAUUAGUUCAACGAAUUGAUAAUCGCAAAUUGGUAAGUGUCGAAUCUGUAAAUAUUAAUAUUGUUAAAUAAGACUAUUUAUAAAUAUAUUAACCGUGAUACAAGACGUAAAUGUAUAAUAUACGAUUUGCAGGCGAAACUCAAGAUAUUCAUAUACGAGUCACACAUCAUCAUAACUUCUCCCCAAGCCGGAUAGUGCAUAGUUGGGUGGUAUGAUGUGAACUACGUUAGAAACGUGAAAACUGUAUAUAAAAUCAUUAUUUAAAUUAAAUAAAAAGUUGCAGCCAACAUAUCGGGGAAGGACAACAAAAUUUGAAUAACUUAAUUGAGUUUAAUUUUUUAUUUACGAAAUCAAUAUAUAAUUUGAUUUUUUAACAAUGAAUGCAGAUUUAAAAUUGGUAAAUAUCGUAUUGCAAAAUGUACCAUUUGCACUUCUAAUUACUAGAUAAUCAACGACUUAUCAGUAGCCUGAAUUCUAUUUGUAUGAGUUUUGAAAUACUAUUUAAAAUACAAGAUAUUUGUAGUAAGUCCUUUAGUAUAAUAUUCACUUAUUAUAUAGCUGUACCUCGUUCCAAAUUCAGCUUUGUUUCACGCGUAUAUUCCCCAUAGAACCUUUCUAAUUUCUGGUUGAAUUUAGCGUUACGUUCGUUGAUGUAAUCGAUAUCGGCAUCGUCAUUGUGCAUUCUUCUUCUACUAUAUUUUUCUCUCUUUGCAAUUCUAAAAAAAAGUUUUCCACCAUUUUGUCAACAGCUUCUUUUUUAUCUUCAUGCAGACCAUGUAAUAUAGUAUUCCUAUCCCCGUAAAAAGCUGGACCUAACUUUUCUUUGGCUUCGUUAUAUGAAUCCAUGUUUGGUUUAAUAUUUUUCACCAGCCUGUUGUAUUGACGAAUAGCUGCUUGUUCAUAGUCUGAAAAACCUGGAUCUGGAUUCUUUUUAUUUUUUUUCUUUCUUGCUAUACGUUCUGCUUCUGUUGCAUCAAUGUGAAGUAAUUUUGUACUUAUAAUAGAUUACUUUUUCUUCGGCAGCUUUUCUUGCAGCUUCAUCUUGAAUGAUCCAUUCUGCUUGCCUUUUACGAGAUUCCCAAUUUGAAGGAAGUUUGUUCCUUUUAUCCUCCUCUACAACUUCUUUAUGAUUUUGCUGUCUAGCCUCGUUUCUUUUCGUAUGGAGUUCUCUCAAGCGUUUCAUUCUUUCAGCAUGUUUCUCUGCGACUGAUUUUCCAUCAUUUGCAGUCCCGUUUUCCAUCUCUAAGUUCAAAUCAGUUUCAAUAUUUCCAGAAAAAAAGAGAAAAAAGAAAAACAAUAAUAACACAGUGUCACUUGUCGAAAGGUUAGAAUGUAAUUGUCGAUGCUAGUCAAGCGAUAUUAACCACCGUCUGUGAUACACGUAUUUGUCGGAAGGUCCGACAGAUGUCAGCAAGUUACGAUUCGUCGACGAAAAAGGCGAACUCCAUUUGCCCGACUUCUGUAGGUGGUGGAUCGAUUGAAAUUGAUCUGCUCUGGUGCGGAGUCGGGAGCGCAAUAAGAGGAUCCUGUGAUAUCCUGUCAUUCAACUUGUAGAGCGCGGUGAUACUGGCCGUCAAGGGGAAAAGCCAAGUGAUUCAUCCGCCGGUAGGAAAUUGAAGAGGCGAUACCGGUCGAUCACAAGUCGCGUCGAGUUAGCAGCAGCACUCGUGAAGGUUCGCGUUUGCGCGAACCCCGACGGUGAAACGUGACGCAGAAUUGUACGCUGGCGGCGGUUGUGUCGCAGAAGAAAGUUCGCGCUCUGCGGGCUUUUGGGGAUUACCCGCGAAGCGCGGUCACAGGGUGCCGCGGAAGCUCUCCUCGAGGCGAUCACAAGAGAUAGAAGAAGAGGCACGCACGCGAUUUCUCACUCGCUUUCGGAACAUUCUCCCGGACAAAUUAAUUCUCCCUGUACCGUUAUGGAGACUCUCGAAUCUAGUCGCGUCUGCCGUCUUUGCGGCAAGCAAUCCGGUAUCUCGAUUAAUAUUUUUGACAAGAAUGAGAGCCACGUGAAGAAAAUCAACGCUAUUCUCCCGAUUAUGGUGCACGAAAUGGACCUGUUGCCGAAACACAUGUGUCAUCGAUGCAGUUACAGGCUCGAGGAGUUUCACAAAUUCUACGUGGACUGUCUGAAGACAGAUGCGAGUCUGAAGAGUCAGUUGUCAUGGAUGCGAAAGGAGGACUCGAAGGAGAGAGUCGGUGUGCCGAUGGUGCACAUAGAAAAUAUCAAGAUCAAAGUAGAGCCACCGGAUUACGACUUGUACGACAUAAGUCCCAUUGCCAACGACGACGAGUACAUAAGUUCAAUGAACUCGGUAACCUAUCCGGUAAACAGUGUUCAAUCCAAUAAUAUUCCCGAGCGUAUAACGUAUACCACAUACGCACGUUGCGGUUGUUACUGUGAUAAAGCGGACCAAAGUAAUCAAACUGUACCUACGAACAAGAUGUCGAGAUGCAGCAGUAUAAACGAUACGAGACAACCAGACAACGAUGACCGCGGUAACGCAUCAUCACGAGCUGUGCAGGGAAGCUUAGCGUUAGCGCAUCAAACGCUCAAAGAACGGUCAAAUUUGAUACGGCUCACCAACGAGGCUAAAGAUUGCAGGAGAUGUACUUUCUCUAAUUUGAAUCUACCGGAGGAUAAAUCCGGCAUCGUGAGGAAAGAAACCUCGAGAGAUCUGAUAGUUCAUAACUUGAGGCCUAGAAAGAGUUCUGUUGAUUAUGUGGGAAUUAGGAAGAAACGUUCCGCUCGUUCGUCACUGAACGGUGAGAGUAAAUCGACAGUUGUCGAGGGGAAAAUGCCGACCUCGACCGAGCUCGACGUGACGCCGAUUAAAAUAGAGAAAUUCGAUUUUGAGGGGCGUAUCUUGAGACCGAGGAAAGGGACCAUUAAUUAUAGAGGACCAAUACGGAAAUAUUGUAGGUCCACGAAUAAUAAUAAGAACCAAAGAUUGCAAGCUGAUGAUGAACAUCUAGCGGAUAUAACGAAGGUUCGGAAUGUUGCGAAUAAAUUGAAAUUACCGUCGGAAAAGGUGCCGAAACAGAUAAAGAAAAGAAUGAAGUUGGAUAUAAAAGAAGAACAGCUUUCAGAUCUCGAGAAUUUAGUACUUGAUGAAUCGGUAUCGGCCGCCAUGUUAUCUCUAACCGAUCAGAUUGACGCACUGCCUAGCAAUUAUGACGUUAAUGUACAAAAUGAUAGAGUUAACUGUAAUACGUUGAAUCGUGCGCAACACACCGGUAAUAUUAGUAUAGCAAAGUGGAGACCAUUGCGAUAUCUAGCCAAGGGUAAAUCAAAAUCGAGAAAGAUCGGCUCGAAUCAAAUCGAUAGGAUGAAUUAUUCGAGGAAAUAUUUAAGAAGUCAGGAUAUUUGUCUGAGAAACGGUAAGAUAAGGAGACUCGAUAGCACGCAUACGUCGGUUAGGAAAUUACGGAGGAGCCUUCGAAAUCUCAUGGCUAGAAAUAAAACAUCCGAUAAAACAACCAAGAUGUCCACUGCGAUGAAGGUGCUCGAUAUGAAACAUUACUGUGAGGAAUGUAACACGAGUUUCGCUAACAAAGAAUUGUUCAAAUUGCACGCGUGCUACGGACAUUGAUCUUUUUACAUAAUUGCGGGUAACAAUGUGUAAAUAUCGUUAUUUUUGAAACAAUUCACGUUAUACAUUUGUACAAUUCUAUUCGUACGAAUACAAUUAUACGAUCGUUAUUUGUAUUCGGAUAAAUGAGAAGAUUAUAUAGAUUUCACUCGUUGAUCAUACGUAUAAAUAUUUUUUUUUCUAAAAAAAAAAAAAAAAAGAAAUAUCUAUGAAAUUAUUUUAAACACACGUUAUGCAUUCACAUAUUAUAU